AUGGCGACGCCGCAUCGCGCCGGCGGUGGGAUGACGCUGCUGUUUGCCAGCAUCCUCAUCCUCGGAUGCUGCUGCAGGGAUACGGAAGGUUUCAUCGUCGACGUCGUCGUGAGGCCGAGCACGCUGUGUCUCAACGUGCCUCAGCUUGUCUCAUACGACGUCACGGCAAGUCUUGCGGGUCUCAACCUGAGCGCAUGCGCACUGCGCGUGGAGGCGAGCGACGGCAUCAUCGCUGCCGACGCAAGCGUCGUCCGUAUCGACGACUGCGACGCAGACCUCGUCAACGUCAGCGGCAACGUCAGCGUCACCGCUCUCCGCGUCGGUCACGCGCACUUGGUCUUCUGCGUCGGCGACGGGAACGUGACGCGGGCGUGCGUCGGCGCGGCGACGCUGCCGUGCAUCACGUGCAACGAGGCGAUUCAGCGCGCGUUCCAGAUCAUCAUACAGGCGUUCCUCGUCGCUCACACCGUCGGCUUCGGCGUCAAGCUCGAGUUCCACGCCGUCAGAGACCUCUUGCGGUCGAAUCCGGCAGCGCCUCUCGUAGGAUUGUUCUGCCAAAUUGUGAUCAUGCCACUUGUAGCGUUUGGCCUCGCUCACGCCUUCCGCAUAGACCCUUCACAGAACCCUAGCGCUGCUAGCGCUCGGGCGUCACCUUCCGGCGGGAUAAGUAACGGUUGGUGCUUACUGCUCGGUGGAGACGUUCUGCUCAGCGCAUCACACUGACGUUCCCAGCACCGUCUUAUCGCUCGGUACGUUGCCGCUGUGGCUGGCGACACUCGGUCGUCUGCUAGACAUCCCGGACGACCUGCCGACGCGGCAGAGAUCUACAUCGCAUCCGGUCUCAACCUUGGACUGCUCGUCGCCCCGUGCA